AUGUGGUAUCUGAGAAAGGGUAGGCAUGUCUUAAUAUCAGAAAACAGAGACGGUGAGGUCCCACAGCAUGCUGGUAAAAAGGGGAAGCUGUCAGAGCACCUGCGGCACUGUGACAGCAUCCUCCGGGAGAUGCUGUCCAAGAAGCAUGCGGCCUAUGCAUGGCCCUUCUACAAGCCAGUGGACGCUGAGGCACUGGAGCUGCAUGACUACCAUCACAUCAUCAAGCACCCCAUGGACCUCAGCACAGUCAAAAGGAAAAUGGACAGCCGUGAGUACCCAGAUGCACAGGGCUUCGCAGCUGAUAUCCGGUUAAUGUUCUCGAAUUGUUAUAAGUACAACCCUCCAGACCAUGAAGUGGUGGCCAUGGCCAGAAAGCUACAGGAUGUGUUUGAGAUGAGGUUUGCCAAGAUGCCUGAUGAGCCUAUGGAGGCACCUGCGCUGCCUGCGCCCACAGCCCCUAUAGUGAGCAAAGGUGCUGAGAGCAGUCGUAGUAGUGAGGAGAGCUCUUCAGACUCUGGCAGCUCAGACUCAGAGGAGGAGCGAGCCACUCGGCUGGCCGAGCUGCAGGAGCAGCUGAAGGCCGUGCAUGAACAGCUGGCCGCCUUGUCUCAGGCCCCAGUGAACAAACCAAAGAAGAAGAAGGAGAAGAAGGAAAAGGAGAAGAAGAAGAAAGACAAGGACAAGGACAAAGAGAAGGAGAAGCACAAGGCCAAGUCUGAGGAGGAGAAGAAGGCCAAGGCCACCCCACCAGCCAAGCAGGCCCAGCAGAAGAAGGCUCCCACCAAGAAGGCCAAUAGCACAACCACAGCCAGCAGACAGCUAAAGAAGGGUGGCAAGCAGGCGUCUGCGUCCUAUGACUCAGAAGAGGAGGAGGAAGGCCUGCCCAUGAGCUAUGAUGAAAAGCGUCAACUCAGUCUGGACAUCAACCGACUGCCUGGCGAGAAGCUAGGCCGUGUGGUGCACAUCAUCCAGUCCCGGGAGCCCUCGCUCAGGGACUCAAACCCAGAUGAGAUUGAAAUUGACUUUGAGACUCUGAAGCCAACCACGCUACGGGAACUGGAGAGAUAUGUCAAGUCUUGUUUACAGAAAAAGCAGAGGAAACCAUUGUCAACAAGCGGGAAGAAGCAGGCAGCCAAAUCUAAAGAGGAGCUAGCUCAGGAGAAGAAAAAGGAGCUGGAGAAGCGGCUGCAGGAUGUCAGCGGGCAACUGAACAGCAAGAAACCCACGAAGAAAGAGAAGUCCAGCUCAGCGCCCUCGGGAGGCCCAUCAAGGCUCAGCAGUAGCAGCUCCUCUGAGUCUGCAAGCAGCAGCUCCAGUGGGUCCAGCUCCGACAGCAGUGACUCAGAGUGAAAUUGGACUGUAACAGCUGGACAAACGGACGUGGCACACGCCGACUGCAGUGUCCCCUCCUAUGGUUAAUAUACUUUCGUUCCAUGGUG